AUGGAUCUUCAGAGAGAAAACGAGUCAGAACUGAAUCUGGCUAAGGACUCCAGGAGACAGCAAAGGAAAGACAAGGGUGUGAAAAGUUUCAUUUUACAAACAGAACAGCACCUGUCCUCUGUGGAAAUCGAGUAUGGAAAUGCUUUACAAGAUCUUCCAGGGAAUAACAAGAACCACUGCACAGAUUCACCAUCCCCACCAGAAAAGCUCAUUGCUGGGAUCCUGGGAGUCAUCUGCUUUACCUUGAUGUACACUUUAGUAAGAAUGAUUCUGUGUAAGUAA